CUUUAACAAAUGUAGUAUUAUUAUCUAAACAAAUUGAUAGAAAAUGUACAUAUUUUUGUACAGUAUUUACUGGAAGACAAAAACUAUUUUAGAUAUUUUUAUGUUAGAAACUUUAUUAUGUGUAGAUAAUAUUUUUAAGCACAUUUGUUAUAGAACACAAUUUUCUAUAAAAUAUUUUAAAAUAAUACAUAAUAAUUUUAAAUAAUUCUUAUAAAGAAUAAAACGUUUAAUUUUAAUUUUAAAUAUGUUAAGUUCUUAUGUGUCAAUUCGAUUAAAAUCUACUUUAUGUUUCAGGAUUUAAAUGAAAUGUACUAAAUCUUUUAUAAAUUAUGAAAUAUAUAAAUAUAUUUUUACAACUUGGAAAUAGUUUUACAUUAUUUCGUAUUAAUUAUAAGUUGAUAAGAUAACACAUAAUUACGUAAUUGAGAUUAAAUGCACUGACAUCAUUAAACAGUUAAAUUUUUGAAGAACUUAACAGAUUUUUAUUUGUUAAACUUUACACAUAAUUUUACACUCGUUUUACGUCUUACUCAGUUGUUUCUUAUUCUUUCGAUGAUAUUCUUUAAAGAAGUUUUUACACACAAUAGUAAUUUUUUCUUAUCUGUUAUUUUUCUAGCAAAACAAUGGAAUUAUACAUUUCACUUCUAAAAUAAAAUAUAUUCACCUAUAAUUUUACGACAUUAUUUUGUAUUUAUGGUUAUUUUCCAUUUUUUCCGUAUUUGUAAGAUAUUGUAGAAAUCUUUUAAAUAAGUAACAACUUGUCGAUAUUGAAGACUCAUGUACAACAUUUUGCUAUUGAGUUACACCAUUCGUUUAAAAAGAAUAUUCGUAAAAUAGAAAAUAAGAAUACUAACAACCAUGAGAGAAGUCCGUACGUUUCCGUUUUAAUGGACAUUAUUGAGAAAUAAUGCACCCUAAUAAUAACGUGUAUCUAGACAUCAUUAUUAAUACAAGAACAUUGUUGUUGGGAAUAUCUCAGCAACUCGGAACAGUUGACAUACCAUACCUCGCAAUUGUCGAAGGAAGAUUUACUGUUACGUUAGAUACGACGAUAAAGAAAUACGAUAAAAAAAAUGGACUUGUUGCCGUUGAACUUUUAUGUUCUUCGUUUUUGUGGUAUGUGGGAAGAACAUAUGGAGAACAACUUGAUAGUACGCUUUGCCAACUUUUGCUACAGAAAUACAAUCAUUGCUUUAAUAUGUCACUUUACGAUAUGUGAAAUAAUCGAGCUCAUACGAAUGAGAAAUAACGUUGACGAUUUAACAGAAGGUUUAUUCAUUGCCACAACUUAUAUAACCUUUUGCCUAAAGUAUUUAAACUUUGCGAUGGGGCAAAGUGAAUUGCGUGCCUUACUAAAUUGUUUUCGCGCCAAGCCAUGUCAGCCAAAAAAUUCAACCGAGGAAUCGAUACUGAGACAAUACCACGUCAAAGCUACGAAGAUCGCUUGUGUCUACAUGUUAAUGUCACAUACAGCGGGUUUACUAUUGCUCAUAACACCUAUAAUGGCACAGGACGAAAGGCAAUUGCCAAUGAAGAUGUACGUACCGUACUCCAUGGUGAAGUUACUACCUUACCUGUUGACCUAUCUUGAGCAAGCUGUAGCGAUAAUUUAUGGAAUAUCAAUCGACAUUGUUCUCCACUCCCUCGUUUACGGUUUCACUAUACUUGCCUGCGGACAGAUAGACCUGCUGUGCUAUCGAUUGUCGGAAACGUUUCGAUUUCUUCAGCUUCAGGAUAAUAGCGAAGAGAAAGGGGACGACACCAUUGAGAAAUUUGCAAUCGCGGAAUGCGUGAGGCAUCAUAAUUCUGUGUGCAACAUUAUACACAGAAUACAAUCGCUAUUUAUGUGGUCUACCGCGAUUUUGUUCUUUACCAGCUUUAUCACUCUUUGCAGCAGCAUCUAUCAGAUAUCUAAUAAAGAACUCUUCAGUAUUGAAUUCCUUUUCUUUGUAGUAUACGUAGUGUCAAUAUCAUUUCAACUAUUCUUAUAUUGCUGGUAUGGCAACGAGCUCGAUUUAAAGUACAAAGAUAUUGCGUCUACUAUUUAUGCUAGUAAUUGGACAGCAAUAUCGGUCAAGCAACGCAGAAGCUUGUCAUUUAUAAUGAUGAUAAGUCAGAGAGGACAAAUUAUUUCUUUUUAUGGAUUUUGCUCAUUAGUUAUCAGCACUUUCACAGGAAUUUUACAGACAUCUUACUCGGCUUUCAAUUUGUUACAACGAGUUUCAAAUUAGUAAUACUUUCCUAAUUCUAUUUUUUAAUAAACGUAGUAUUAUUAUCUAAAUGAAUUGAUAGUGAAUCUACAUUAGCUAUUUUUGUACAGUGUUUAUUAGAAAAUAUAAACUUUAUGAGAUAUUUUAUAAGGUAAAUCGAGAGAAGAUGCUAGUUGAGAAAAGAAGCCACUUUGAUUAUACCUUUUCCACAAAUUAGAGCUAAUCUGAUUAUGCGUAACUGUGCACUAAACUGUUGGGAAGAUAUGAAGGAAAAUUUCGAUAUUAAUGAUUUCGAUAUUAAUAACAUUUUCUCCUAACAUUUGAGGGUAAGAUGCCAGUCCAUAUAAAACACAAGUAUUCGAAUGUAAGUAUUCGAGAAUCAUCAUUAAAAUAGCUUAAAAAAUAACAAUUUUGAGAACUUUAAUUAUUUAAUUUGUUUGAUUAAAUAAAAGUUUUAAGAAGAUUACAUUAAUUUGUCAUCGCUUAAUUCUAUAAUGGAAAUUAUUUCAGAAGGAAAAGCUUGAGUGUAGUAUUUCCUAUCGACUUACCUUAUUAGGAAUUGUAUUCUUUGUAGAUAACAUUUUUAAGCACAUCACAUUUAUUAUAGAAUACAAUUUUUUUACAAAAAAAAAAUGUGAAAUAAAGAAAUUAAUUUUAAGAAAUCGUUGUGGAGAACAAAAUGUUUUAAUUCCAAAUAUGUCAAGUUUUUAUAUGUACCUUUGAAAUCUAUUUUAUAUGUCUCUGGAUUUACAUAAAAUAUACUAAAUCUUUUUAAACUA